AACAAAUAAAGUAGAAGAAAAUAUGAGUAAAAACACAAAGUCAGAAAUACAUUAUAUUAUUGCUGACAGUUUAUUCCAAUUUCCAAAUAUGCUUAUUUAGAUGUUAAUUUAUGUCUCAGAUGUUCCUUUAAAAACAAAAUCAAUUGUUUGCAUAAAGUAAAAGGUAAUGGCUGUACAAUUCAUGUGCAUAGCCAGUGCCAUGCUAGGACACCAAUCUCAACUGGUAGAGCAUAGCAUUAUCAGUACAAAGGUUGUGAGUUCGAUCUUGAAUGCUUUGGUUAGAGUAACGAAUACACUAAGUCUGAGAAAUUAACAAAUCAGCACAAUGGCUUCAGUAAGAAUUAAGAGAAGAUCAAAAUUCUGCAGGUACUGGGAGAAACAAGCUCAAGUCUAGCUGGUAAGGUACAUAAGGUAUAUACAGCACCACGACCGUUUCCCCAUUUAAUGUGAAAUUCAGAAAAAGAUCAUGAACAGAUCCAUCUUCACUGCUUGGCAGAACCUUAAGGCAGAAGUCAGAGUUGAGACUACACAUAAGGUUGUGAUUGCUCGUGGAUCAAAGGUCAUCACUAGGGUUUCACAGCAGGUUGUUCCCUAGAACAAUGGUGCUAAAAGUCCAAUUAACUCUGUGAUGAGUGUUGAUCAAUUACUGCCACCGACCAACUGAUUAUUCUGUUCUCAGUCAAUAACGUUAGGUGAUGUCUACGUAAUGAACAACAACAUAAGUUUAAUACAGAGUAAGUUUGUGGACAUUGUGGGUCAAGGGUUGUGAGUGAGUGAAAUGGAUGAGGUGUUAAAAACAGUGAUAUGGGUCUCUGAGAUUAUAUAAAGCCAGGAGUGCACUCAUCCCGACUCGGGACGGCAUGAAAUCGGAAGCAUUCAGAUCUCUGAAGAUAUGCUAAUGUGAAUGUAACUGGAUCUACUGCUGGAACAGGUUUCUUAUGCAUAGCAAUCUUAUUAUGAAUGGUAAUAAUCCUAUUUUCACAUUGUGAUUUUUUUAUUGUGUUCAUAUUCUUUCAAGAAUGCCUGGUCUAACAUGAACUUGUUCUCUCUGCCUGUAGUGUCCGACCUGUCACAGACGUUUUCUCUGACCAUGUCGUGUUCCCCAGACAAUGCACGCUCAUGUGCUAAAGCUCCCGAAGUGGCUAGUGUCAGAGUUCAGCUGGAAAUGCAGAGCUUGUGGCGCCAAUUUGACCAACUUGGCACUGAAAUGAUUGUGACAAAAGCUGGAAGAAGAAUGUUUCCCACAUUUCAAGUACACAUCUCAGGCAUGGACCCAGCAGCAGAAUAUGUUCUCCUUAUGGACUUUAUUCCUGUGGAUGAAAAGCGAUACAGGUACGCUUUUCACAGCUCCUCCUGGCUGGUAGCUGGAUGUGGAGAUGUAGCGGCCCCUGGAAGAGUCCACUUUCACCCUGACUCGCCAGCAUGGGGAGCCCAGUGGAUGAAGCAGACCGUCUCCUUCGACCGCCUCAAACUCACCAACAACUUGCUUGAUGAUAAUGGCCACAUGAUAUUGAAUUCCAUGCACCGGUACCAGCCGCGGCUGCAUGUGGUGCUGGUUGACAGGAGUCGAAACAGCCAGAUAUAUGCUCACCGCAACUUCUGCACUUUCACCUUCCCAGAGACCCGCUUCAUCGCAGUCACCGCCUACCAGAACCACAGGAUUACUCAGCUGAAGAUAGCCUGCAACCCUUUUGCGAAAGGCUUUCGUACCGCAGAGCCUGAAAACAGGUCUGCUAAUUGUGACUCCACAUGUGAUUCUCAUCGGCUGUCGUUGCCAUGGAACAUGCUUGAGGGGGCCACCGUGAGGGCCACUGCCCGUGAAAACCAGAAGCUCCAAGAUCAACAGCAUCUUAAUCGUGGGUCCAGCCGCAUACAUAACCCCACAAGUUUAGAUUAUUCAAGCUUUCAUGAUCCAGGCCUGCAAACAUUAGAAAAUGAAUCACAGUUGUCCCAUAAUGAAGGCAUGUUCUACAGUACAGUCAGGAAGGAAAAUAAGUCACAUGAUAAUUUUCACACUGGCCCAAUGUUCUUCACAUUGCCCUGUCAGUGGGACAGUUUGAGCAGACCAGAGAGAAGUCUGAUUGGUUAACUAUUGUUCACUGGAAUUAACUUGAUACAUUUUGGGGUAAAUUCAAACAUGGUAACACCUAGAUUCCUUUGUUUUAUUGACACUCAUUGCACACAGCAAAAUAAAGGCAAACAUUUUCUGUGCACUUGUAAAAUGUGCCAAAACACAUGACUAUAGGACUAAAAUGUUUUUAUGAUAAAACUAUACAUUUCUUUAUGAUGUAUUACUACUUGAAACAUGUAUCAGGGUACUCUACCAGGCAUAACUACAAUGCAGAUUCUAUAAUACAUUAUAUAUAUUCAGACGUAUCCAGCGACAACUUAAUUUAAACUUCAAGUCCCACAAUGCAUCACCCUGCAUCUGACAGUAAUUGUGCGCUGGAUACGUCUGAAGCAGAUUCAUUAUAGCAAACUGACUCAUUUGGACAGAUUCGGUUCAUAAAAACAAUUCACAGUGUCAUUACAUUACAGAAAAUACAUUCAGAGUUCGCUGAAACGGGUUUUUAAUGCUACAUUUUCGAUUGAUAUAUAAAGAGUUUCCUGCCAUGUCACGUAGUUUAUGCUUUAUCUAUCAACCACACGAAGCUCUUUCAAUCGACUGAUUCAUGAACCCAUCGCAUAUCACUGUGACCGAAUCACGAAUAAAGAACCUAUUC